AUGUCACACUUCAAGAGGCUCGCCAGCUCGGCGGCGUCACGUUUGACGUUGUCCCCCAGCAGCUGCAGCAGCAAGCCGCUGACUCUCCUUCCGGGUUCAAGAUGGCUUUCCAGGGGCUGUGGCGUGCGCUUCGUGUCCCAGGGGACCGCAGGCAGAGCCGCCGGCUGCGGGCGAGCCAGACGGGGAGCCCUGGCGCUCAGCGGAGCCGCGGCACUGACAGCGGCCGUGGCGGGUUUUUUAGCCAACGCCGACCACUUCCAGCGUGCCGACAUGGCCACGAAGGCGCCCCGAGCCGCCGCGGAGAAAGAACCGCAGGGGGAUGUCUCCGAGAGGUGCCGGGGCUUCAUGUCUCCUCCGGUGACCGAAAUCGGCGUGCUGCAGGAGAGCAGCGGGGAGAUGCGCACGAGGAUGGAGAUGCUCAUCAUGGAGACGCAGGCCGACUUCUGCAACGCCCUGCAGGAGGUGGACGGCGGGACGUUCAAGGUGGACCGGUGGCAGAGAAAUGAAGGUGGCGGAGGGAUCAGCUGUGUGAUGCAGGAUGGAAAGGUGUUUGAGAAGGCCGGAGUCAAUGUGUCCGUGGUGUUUGGGAACCUGACUGAGGAGGCCGCCAAGCAAAUGAGGAGCAGAGGGAAAGCAGGCCUAAAGCUUGAUAAAGACGUGCAGCUGGUGCAGAACUCUGCGGCCCUGAACGGGACCCAGCGGGUGCUGCUGGAUCACGUCAUAUCCGAGGAGGAGUGUUCAGACCUCAGGCGCCUGGCUCACGCCGUCACCAUUGCGGGAGACGGCUACAGAGGGAGGAUGUCGCCACACACCCCCAAUGAGAAGUUUGAAGGGGCCACUGUACUCAAAACCCUGCAGUUCGGAUACGAGGGCAGAGUGCCGAUGAGGAGCGCCCGCCUGUUCUACGACAUCAGCGAGCGAGCGAGACGGGUCAUCGAGUCUUACUUCCUGCUCAACUCCACCCUGCACUUCUCCUACACGCACCUGGUGUGCCGGACAGCCAUCACAGGCCAGCAAGAUCACAGGAACGACCUGAGCCACCCGAUCCACGCCGACAACUGUCUGCUGGACCCCGAGGCCCACGAGUGCUGGAAGGAACCUCCCGCGUACACGUACAGAGACUUCAGUGCACUGUUAUAUCUAAAUGGAGAUUUUGAAGGAGGGGAGUUCAUAUUCACAGAAAUGGAUGCCAAAACCGUCACGGCAUCGGUGAAGCCCUUAUGCGGCCGGAUGGUGGGUUUCUCAUCCGGGGGGGAGAAUCACUUUGGUUAUUUGACAAUAAAUGCCAGGGAGUUACUUUCAAACACUGAUGACAUCCACCUUAGUUACUUCAAAACAAUAAGUUCAUGAUAACCACACUAUUUGUUCAGGAAGAUCUGCUUCACAUAUGGAUUUAAUCAUUUUUGAAGCAUGAGAUGAGAAUUAGGUGAUCAAAAGGGGGGGGCGACGGCCUCUUUGACCCACAUGCGUGUGAACUGCACCUUGAGUGGGUUGGCGAGGCGCUGAUUGGACUUUCUUGUUCUCUCCCAGGAGAGACUGCAGGCGGACGAGGUGAUCCAGGCGCUGGACACGGAGUCCACGUGGGGCGGAGGCCUCAACAUCAACCCCAAAGAUGAACUGUAGAAGCUGAAGCAAAACGCCUUCAGUCCAAUACGCUUCAAUCUAAUCCUUCUAUAUUUUAACUAUUUAUUGAACCGACCUUGUACUUCUUUACGUGAUACCUCUGGUUUUAUCGAUUUAUAGAUAGACAGACGGACAAAUACAUAUCUAGAUGCUGCCAUGGAUUCCGUGUAGGAUUCCAUGUAAUAUUUUACUACGCUUUGUAGGAGCCAGUUUUAAUUGACAUUGAGUGGAAGAUACCAAAUUGAGCCAGCAGGUGUCACCAUGGUGCACUUGCUUUAUUAGGUGGGAACUUUGAGCCAGGUGGCAGGUGUUGCGAGACGGAGGAGCACACAGUUUUCUCUGUCACAAUACGUGGUUGUAAGUGACAGCUAAAUGGACUCCACAUUGUGCUAAAUAAACCAAAUAUUCAAACACAGAAUCAACGGCGUAAGCGGGUUUAUUUUACCGAACGAAACGUGCAGUGGCCAGCGCGUCAAACCCUACUUUUAGCCUGUCUACGCAGCCCCUCAGUGGCUUUAAGUUAGGCUUAGCCGCUACACGCUUAUUAAAUCAUAUUAUCAGUUAUACAUUAUCUUCAUUUCAAAACAUAUUAUUUUUUUAUGUAGCAUCUGAACAGUUUUAUUUCUGGUGGGUUCAUCUAAAUCUCACUAUAAAUCCUCCAUUAUUAAAAAGACAGACUUUGUAAUGAAAAGAAAUCACAUGUAGGCCUAUAUAUCAUUGAACAUCUUCCCACUUAGUCCUUAAGGCAAUUUAUUGAAUAAUAUUUAUGGUCUGCUGCAGUUAAUAACAACUAUUUAAGCUGUGUUCACAACAUAGCAUGAUAAACAACUAAAAUGUUUGUCUCCCUGUGUUCAGCAGACCGGAUAUAAAACAAGUAAAAACGACAUGCUUCGCUGUUGUCGUUUUUUUUGGAAAGUUGCAGAAACGGAUGUUCAUUAAACUGUAUUGAAUGGCCAGAACGAAAUAAUAACGAAAUAAUACCGGAAUAAAUAAAAAAUCCAUAUAUAUAUUUAAUAAAAACGAGAGCACGUAGAAACACGCACGCACGCACGCGCGCCGUAAAAUGCCAUGGCAACCGAACGAUGACCCGACCGAGGGUAUAUAAGGUCAGCGCACUUUCUGAACGUUCCCUUUGCUCUUUGACUUGAACGCGAACUUUAAACCUCCCGUGAAAGCAAACUGCUGAGAACAAAACCUUUGAGUUUUUGACUACUGAGCGGAUUCUACUGGAUACCGAUAUUGUUGGAGAAGUGAACUACUGUAUAACAUCUUUAGUGGAGCACAGACGAGGCUGAAACAGGCCCUCAGGAGCGGCGGAGGAGCGGCGGAGCAUCGAGGACGACCACCGGCUGAAGGAAGUUGGCUGAUUGGAACCUUCAGUGUUCAAGUAAGACAACGUUUUGAUCUGCUUGCACCCUUAGAAGGGUCCCCAUGUUACAAAUGAGUACGAGACAUUGAGUUUAACGGUGAAAGAAAUACGAUUUGAUGGACAAAGACACUCAGUCGAGGAUUUCUCGGUGUAAAAUGAUUAUUGGAGGGGCGGGAUGUGUUACAUCUCGCGGGACAUCUCUGGGGUGUGUCAACAAUUAGUGUAGAUGUUUUAAAACACUGUUAUUUUGGUUUGAGGGUAUCAAAUUGUCGAAGAUUAACAUUGCAAUUUGUGAAAAAAGAUGGCGCUCAGAACGCCAUGGAACGCUCAAUAAAUGUUUUUAUUUGGAAAUCACCGGGUCCAUGGAGACGGUUGACGUG